AUGUAUGGCCGUUAUCAACAGUGGGCCCCCUCCUACGGCCCUGACUACCGGCAAUCCUACCCUGCCGCUCAACCACCGCCGCCUCCAUAUCAGGAGUUCCACAGCCCACCUGCUCGACAGGACGAACGUAUCUCCGAGAGCCAACUCCGCGAGGAGGAAAGGCCCGUUGUAAUACCUCGGGUUACCCCUAACAACCCCCUAAAGCCCCCCGGCCCGUUUCUCCGUGCCUACAGUCCGGUCCUGCGCAACCAUGAUGUCCAGAUCACAGACUUUCUGGAAUUUGUCGACAAUCUCUCCGUGGCUCAGGCCGGCUCGCCGGCUUUGUCCGCCGUGAACGCAGCCGGCAUGGCGGUUUCAAUGGUACCCUCGCACUGGGCAUCCAUCGCUGGCACCGGGAUUCAGGUUGCCGCGGGGGUGGGCACGGCCGCCGUGUCGAAAAUCCGGACCAAAAAGUUCCUCGAGGCCGUGAACGAACGGUACUUUGGGCCGCGCGGGCUGCAGGCCUCGAUCAAGAAGGACGACGAGCUCGUGGGCCUGGUUGGGUUCCCCCGGAACGCACCGCCGCUCGCGCCCGUGAAUCCUUCCACCGGCUGCAUCACGCUGCGCGAUCGGCGCAUGGCUGCGUUGGGGCCGUGCGUCUCUCCUCUUACUACGGACGUGCCGCCGCCGACAAAGCAGGCCGGGAUGCUGGAUAAGAUUGCCGCGAAGCAGCUUGAGAAGACCGCGCAGAAGACGGAGUCAAAGGAGCUCCGCAAGCACCAGCGGACCCAGGACAAGCAGGACAAGCGGGAGCGACGGGCGAUGGAAAAGCAAGACCGGCGGGACAGGCGCAGGGGUCGACCCGACAGGGGCUACGAGGACCCGACGCCGUAUGCCCGUGCCGGAUACUACGGGGAUUAUCCGACGCACCGGCACGCCGGUGAUGCGAGUGAUUCCGAUGCCAGUCUGGAAGCUAUCGAUCAGGAGAGGCGAAGACUGGUCCGCGCCAGUGAACGGCUUCGUCACGAUAGCCGAUAUGGCCAGGGCGACUCCCAAACCCUGAUGCAGCUUGAGUCCGAGAGAUACCAGUUGGACAGGAGGCUAAAUUCAAAGAUGGACAGGCGGGGACAACGGCAGCAGAUGAAGGAUGAGAAGAAGUUGCAGCAUAUGGAUUACAUUGUCAUUGUUGGUUUAGUGUAG